UGCUCAAUAGGAGUGAAGUGAGUCUCGGGUGAGCAGUUUCUGUCUUCACUAUAAGCAAUUAGAACUUUACUGAAAUAGUUCUUCACUCGCUAGGGAAAGAGAACUCCUAAAAGCAGCCUUUCUCUUAUCGUAGAUAGCUGCAAACUGAAUGCAGAGUGGAGAUGAGGAAACUAAGACCGAAAGCAAAGGCUAUCGACCAACCAUAGCCCUUAGGAUUUGAAACCCUAGGCCCGGCCUACAAAUAGAAAAAAAAAGGCUAGCGAGUUGAAGCAAUAGCCAGAGAUUAGGAGGUGCGUCGCCUUUUAACAGUCAAAAAUGACUUCUCGAUGGGAGGAUAUGUAAUCGCUUAUUAGAAGCUUUUGUUUACAUGCUAAAGCGAAUCUUUUUCUUGAGAAAGAGCCAGUCUAGGUUUACCUUUGAAUCUUAUCCAUUGAAGAAGACUGACUUCAAGACUAAAACCUGCCCCUUUCUUAUUAUUAGUAAGAUAGGUUGCUUGAGCCAAUCCUUAAAUCGUGGAAUAAAAAUGCGGUGUGCAAUUGCAGGAGAGAGAGGUCCUUCUGAGCCCACGCCCGUACAAGAGUUGGCUGGUAAAAAGUUCCUCAAGCCUUCUGUUUUGUCAGCGGAUCUUACGAUCUCUCAUAGAAAGGUAAAGCAGUCUUAAAGACAGAGUCGUUCUUUCAGCAGGCGUGUUCUAUACUGCUUGCUUAGCCCGUUCUCUUAGGAAAUAAGGGAUUACGAGCUAGUUAGAAGAUAAAAGACUUCACUGCAUUAAAAGCCAAUUUUCCCUUCAAAAAGAGCUUCAUUGGCUUCACCUGCAAUCGAGUUCUCGGUCUCACCUAGCGUAAAGGAGAAUAGCCGUUUUUAUCAAAGACGGGAUACUCCAUAAAUGAGAAGAUGAUCUUUCAGCUAUAUGGCUGAAAGCCCUUUGGCUACUCUACCUGGAAAGGCUUGCCAAGUCUGAAGGAAGAUAUAAGUUGCGAUGUGAACAGACCUUCACUUAGUGAGAAUUUCUACCAAUUCUUCUUUUAUUCAUCAAAGCUCAUCCUAAUCUCCGUCGAGAUUACUGCCUUAGCCCUGUACUAUCAUCUGUAUAAUAAAGUCUCGUUCUUACCACUAUCCUUUUGAAGCGGGCAGGGAACAGUGCUCAUGCUAUAGAGAUUUGAAAAGAAAAGCCAACUCAUGUUUCCCCUCCAUUUUCAUUACGAAGAUGUUUCACGUCAAGAUCCGUUGCUCAAACCGAAUCACGCCAACGUUAUGGAUGUUCCUGGAUUGUGUGAAAUAAGAGUAGUACCAAAGGCAGCACCUUCUGAUUUCAUAAUCCAAAAUGGAAAAUUGGCUAUGGAGAUUCCGUGCGGUCAGAAAUUGAUACGGACACGCAGGGGUUCGAUAGGAAAGUCGUUUCGAUCCAAUCCAUUCUUGGGGUCAAAUAAAGACAAAGGAUAUGUCAAUGACCUAGCACGACAAAGCACUCUCCGAGGGCAUGGAAUGUUUCAUUUUUUGGUCAGAAUCUCGACAGUAAUGUCUCUCUUAGAUUCUCUGGUGGAAAUACGGGAAAACUCCAUUAAAUUCUCGAUGGAAACGGAGUUUUGCGAAUUCUCCCCGGAACUAGAAGAUCAUUUUGAGAUCUUCGAACAUAUUCGAGGGUUCAAUGUAACUAUUGUCACUUCAGCCAACACACAAGAUGAGACUUUACUACCGUGGAGCGGCUUUUUGCAAAAAGAUGAGGGAGAAACUCAGUAAGAUGUCGGAAA